GUUCGUUGCACCAUAAAAAAAUUAUACUUUUUAUUUUGGUUUUUGUAAAUUUUUACUUAAUGUCUUUAAAGAAAUGUUAUCGAAAUUAUCGAAAAGUGAGAAAGUUGCUGCAAAUUGAAAAUUUCUUGUGCUGUUUUGAGAUUGAAAGUAGCUUGCCAGUCGCUGGAUUAUUCAUUGCAGUUCCGUGUUGCAUUCUGACAUAUCACGAUGCGGUAUUUUUAUGGGAAUAUAUGAAAGAGAGGAAUGAAGAGGAAGUGAGGAGUGGAACGAGAUCACCGGAAGUUUUCGAAUUUAUAAAAUGCUGUGAAAUUUUUGUCUUCAUCUUUUCGUCACUCUUUUCAUUCUUGAUGCAGUACAUGAUGGCCAAUAGAGCAACGAAAAUUCUUCGCCUUUGCAUCGUUUGCAGCAUGACAUUGACAUUGAGUGUCUUCAUUGAGGGAGUUUCGAGAAAAUCGCUCAAUCUCAUCGCCUUUUUUGCCUUCAAUUUUUACUACACGCUGUGCAUUUAUUCAACUUUUAAGAGAUUUUGUAGGGAAAUUUACGAGGAGAAAGUUAAAAUGUUGCAAAUUGAGCUUUAUUAAAUUAAUUUUUUUUUAGAAAAUGUUAAAGAUUUUUGUGUGGAC